AUGCCUGUUACCAAGUUUUCCACGCCUGAGAAGUACGAGUACCUCAAUGGCUUUGAUUCAUUCCACGAAUCUGAGUCUAUCAAGGGAGCACUCCCAAUAGGCGCAAAUUCACCUCAAAAGCCCCCUUAUGGAUUGUACGCUGAAAAACUCUCCGGCACAGCAUUUACAGCUCCCCGCCAUGAGAACCGCCAAACAUGGCUGUAUCGCAUCCUCCCCUCAGCCUCACACUCAACAUACAAGCGCUUUAGUGAUCCCUCAUCCCCAAUACUCAAGGCAAAGUUAAACUAUGAACCCCAGCAACUCCGCUGGGAUCCCUUCGACAUUGAUGAAAAAGUCGAUUGGGUUCGUGGUCUAAAGCUUGUAUCCGGCGCAGGCGAUCCCACCGUCAAAUCCGGUCUCGGAAUCUACGUCUUCGCCGCGGGUAGAGACAUGGACGCCAAAACUGCUCUGUAUUCAUCUGACGGAGAGAUGCUCAUCGUUGCACAGCAUGGAGUCUUGGAUAUCCAGACUGAGCUGGGACGACUUCUUUGGCAUGGCAUGGAAAUCUACCCCUACAAAUACGACCUAGGCCGCUUCUCCGUCAUCGGCAGCACAUCCUUCGACCACCCCGACCCCUCAAUCUUCACCGUCCUAACCGGCCCCUCCGACCAUCCCGGCACCGCCAUCGCAGACUUUGUAAUCUUCCCUCCACGGUGGCUCGUACAGGAAGAUACAUUCCGCCCCCCCUGGUACCACCGCAACACCAUGUCCGAGUUCAUGGGUCUCAUCUGCGGACAGUACGAUGCCAAGACUGGCGGUGGAUUUCAACCUGCUGGAGCUAGUCUGCACAAUAUCAUGUCAGCUCAUGGGCCAGAUGCUGAUUCGUAUGAGAGGGCGAGCAAUGCGGAGUUGAAGCCUGUUAAGGUUGGGGAGGGGAGCAUGGCGUUUAUGUUUGAGAGUAGUUUGAUGUUGGGGAUUACGGAUUGGGGGUUGGAGACUUCGCACAAUGGAGAAACCGAAACCCUUGAUCCUCUUCUUCAGCCCAGUAAGCAUGCAAUGUCAGCAUAUGAAGAGCUGCAGAAUGCCGCCAGAGUCGAGUUAGUCACCAGAACCAACAGGCAAGAAUUCUUUGAGGAUGUUCAAGGCAAGUACCAAGAUAUUCAGGUGAUCUACAGGACAUCGGCAAGUGGUGCAGUCGGCGGGAACUUUGACGCCGAAUUCAUUGAGCAUCUUCCGUCAAGCUGCAAGUUCAUCUGCCACAAUAGAGCAGGCUAUGAUCAGAUCGAUGUCAAGGCUUGCGCCGAUCGAGGAAUUACACUCACCUACGCACCAGACCCGGUCACCAACGCCACAGCUGACCUAGCUCUCUGGCUACUGCUCGGAUCACUGCGACAACUAAACCAAUCUCUCAAAUCGCUGCGCCACGGAAACUUCAAGAAGGGCGUGCCCUUUGGCCGUGAUCCUGAAGGCAAGGUCCUAGGGAUCCUGGGCAUGGGCCGGAUAGGCCGCGCCCUCAAAGCACGAUGCGAUCCAUUCGGUAUCAUCACACAAUACCAUAACCGCUCAGAACUUCCGUCUGACAAGGCAGCCGGUGCGAGAUACGUAUCCUUUGAAAAGCUAAUUUCCGAGAGUGAUAUAAUCAGCAUCCAUGUUCCGCUGAACGCUGAGACGAAGCAUCUCAUUGGUGCGGAGGAAAUCAGCAAGAUGAAAGACGGCGUUGUUAUUGUGAACACGGCGCGAGGUGCUGUCAUUGAUGAAGAUGCACUGGCUGAGGCGCUGGAUUCAGGCAAGAUUGGCUCUGUUGGUCUGGAUGUUUACGAGCAUCAACCUAUGAUCAAUGAACGCCUCGUUAAGAACGAGAGAGCCCUUCUUGUGCCCCAUUUGGGGAUACAUACUGUGGAGACGUUGAAGAAGAUGGAGAUGUGUGCUAUGGAGAAUGCGCGACGGGCUGUUUUGGGGGAGCCUCUUCUUACAUCUGUCCCAGAGCAUGUUGGGCUACGAUCUGACAUCUCAUAG